ACCUGGGCUGCAGUAGUUAAACGAGGCAUUCCGCCCCAACAAGUCUUAAACGCUCAACUCAUUGAGACGUGCUCAGUAUCACGCAUAGGAUAAUAGUGAUCCGAGGUACCAUAAGUCAGUAUCGUUGCAUAGGAUAGCAUUACUAGCAAACGGGGUCAUGGCUAACGAAGAACUAGUACAGUUCACUUGGGCAGAUUGGCUUGUGUUCGGACUUGCUCUACUGGCCUCAAUAUUAAUUGGCUUUUACUAUGGAUGUACAGGAAAUAAGCAGAGUACCACUGAAGAAGUUUUGCUUGGAGAUAGAAAAAUGUCUAUGGUCCCUGUGUCUAUAUCGAUCCUCGCCACUUUUGUUUCGACAAUCGGAGUUAUUGGAUUUCCAUCUGACAUUUACGACCAUGGAACUAUGAUUUUGUAUAUUCUAAUCGGAUGCCCAAUCGGCUAUUUGAUAACGGCACAUGUUUAUUUACCAAUAUAUCAUGACCUUAAGCUUACAAGCGUUUAUGAGUACCUUGAACUACGAUUUAACAAGUCGAUACGAAUCAUAGCUGUGAUUCUAUAUUCAUUUCAAAUUCUGGUCUACAUCUCCAUAAGUCUCUAUGCAUCAUCGAUAACACUAACACAAGUUAGUGAAAUACCACUCUGGGGUACCAUUGUAUUGAAUGGUGUUGUAUGCAUGCUGUAUACAACAGUUGGAGGUAUAAAAGGCGUACUUUGGGCCGAUACAUUACAAAUCGGUCUCGUGCUUUCUGGAUGUCUUGCAAUUAUCAUCAAAGGAUCGAUUUCCGUCGGAGGUCUCGAUAAAGCAUUUGAAAUAUCAGCUAUUCAUGGUAGAAUAGAAUUUGACGAGUUGAAUCCGGAUCCUAGAACCCGCCAUAGUUUAUGGGGAAUGAGUUUUGGAUUUGGUUUAUUAUACAUUGGUACGUUUUCAAGCAGUCAGCAUUACGUUCAAAGAUACCUUACUCUAGAUACCAAAAGAAAAGCCCAGAUAGUACUUUACGUCAACAUGGCCUUGUUUGUUGUAUGUAUUGGCAUCAUUUGCAUAAUAGGAGUAGUGAUGUUUGCAACAUAUGCUACCUGUGAUCCAAAAAAACUCGGUCUUGUAAAGCAAUCAGAUCAGAUGCUAGGAUAUUUUGUGAUGGAUUUGUUCGGCUCCAUGAAGGGAAUGCCCGGGUUGUUUAUUGUUACUGUGACGGCAGCUGCAAUGAGCACGAUGUCAUCUGGACAGAACGCACUCGCUGCUGUGUAUUUGGAAGAUGUAUCAAAACCUAUUUAUAAAGCUGUACACAAGAAGUCAAUGACAGAGAGAUUUGCUACUAACAUUACCAAAUGUUUUGGUGCAUUCUUUGGAAUCGCAACAAUAGCAGUUACCUUCAUACUAGCAGAGGCAAAGGACACAAUUAUAGUUAUAUAUUAUAAACUAUCUGGUAUUCUUGGGGGACCUAUUUUCGGAAUGUUUACGAUUGGUAUACUAUUUCCUUGUGCUAAUACGUGGGGGGUUGCAAGUGGUCUCUUUUCAAGUCUUGGAAUCCUAAUUUGGAUUAAUACGGGCGUUCUGAUGUUUAAGAUUGGUCCAAAAAACUUGCCAACUGAUAUUUCGGGCUGUACAAAUACAACAAAGUACUCUAACACAACAACAACAACAACAACAUCAGAGUAUGCCAAAAUAGCUUCAUUGGGAAAUAAUGGAACGACACCAGCUUAUCUUUUCAACACUUCGCACUUAGAUGUCACAAAUGUGACGUCUGAGUUAGGAUGGAAGGAUGAGUCUGGUAUAUUCUACUUGUAUAAUGUAUCGUAUGUUUGGUAUACGCUGAUUGCGUUGAUUGUCACGUUUGCUGUUGGUCUUCCUGUAAGCCUAGUUGCUUCCUCUAUAACAGGGAAAUAUAAGAGAGAGGACGUGGACAAGAGACUUUAUUGGCCAGUAUAUGAAACAAUCCGUCGUUGUCUUCCUGAAUGUUGUCAAAGAAAGAAAUCGGUGGGAAAAGUCGAAUCAGUUUCUACAACUGUUAUAAUUGGUUAUAAUGGAAGUCAUCGAAAUAAUGGAAGUUGUCCAGAGGCACAAUGUACAGAUGGAACAAACAAUACAGGGAUAACUGAUUUCACUCAACUGUGAAAACGAAAAGGGAUAAAUGUGCCACGAAAUGUAGCUUUUAAGUUACACAGAAGGCUACAAUUAGCAUAGCUUCCAUUUAGACAAUUCUCCGUGUGUCCAAUUUGUAUUCAGGCCAAAUUAUACUACCGAAUAAUUUGAAGAGAAUGGUAUACAGCUUCCAAAAUCUAGAUUUGAGCAUUUUUCAAAAUUUGAGGAAAGUUCUUCUUGCGCACAUAACAUAUUCGAGAAUAGAAUUAU